AUGUCAUCAUCACAAGCAUCGUCCUCUUUAAUUCCUCCCGCAAUCACAUCAUCAAACCCUUUACCAACAAUAAUUUCAUCUUCCCCAUCAUCAAAUCAGCAUAAAUUUGAAUGUUCGGACCAAUGCAUUUUAACGAUAGCAUUCAUUUUUGUGCCUAUAUUAAUUUGUCUCAUCUUGUUAAAAUUUUUAUGUGUUUAUUUAUCAAAGAGGAGGAGGACCAAUUCCGUCGUCGAUUUAGAAAAUCCGGAAUCGAUUAAUCAUAACAAUCUUUUCAAUGCGAAUCAUUGUAAUGGGAAUCUCAUGGAUAAUCACAGUUCGGAGGUUUCGAUGACGAAUGAUUUGACCAGACCGAGAAAUGCUUUCGUUAGAAAUCGACACACGAUAUCCGAGAGGAACCAACUACAUCCAAUUUCUGAUCAACGUACCUUAUUAAAAAGGACGAGGACGACAAUCUCAUACCUUAUCUCGAAUAACAAGUAUAAGUUACAAAAUCAUUUCAUAAAUUCGUUAGAAAAUGCCAUCAUGAUUGAUUCCAAUAAUAACACCUCUUCAACACGUCAACUUAAAAGUAUCAAGGAGAAUAAAGUCUUUGUAGAAAAUGGUCCUUUAUCCCCUCCCCUCUCAAUCUCUAUAAAUUCCCCUUUGUCAAUUCAACAUGAACCGAUUUCAUUAGAUGAAGCUAUUAAAAAAUUUAACAGGCCGUGGGAAUUUUUACCUGACGCGGUUGUAAAAGAAAUGAAUACCAUAAAGGUGACCAAUAGAGGAAGAAUUAUUGAAAUUGAUCCUGAAUUUUGGAGUAGCGUGGUAAAGGACGCUUGUGUACAAUCAAAUUAUCCAUUUUACGUUCCAUUGCCAUCAAGAUUGAAGAAUGACAUUGAUGUUGAUGUUGAUGACGUUAAUGUCUUGAACGAAAACGAAAAACUUGUAACUGAAAGUGAUAAAGAAACUUUAGACGAGAAAGAUGAUGAGAUGGAUGAAGGAAAUCAGUCUAUUAGCAAUAGAAUCAAAAAGAAGAUUAGACAAAAAAAGAAAUAUCAACAACAAUUCGUUCAUAAAAUUCCAAAAAUAGAGGAAAUACUAAAAGAAUAUGAAGAUGGGGAUGGAUUAAAUUAUUUUGAAAUUACCGUGUUAGAAAAAGAAUAUUCUCAUACAAAUAUUGUAAUUGGCGUUACCACGAAACCAUUUCCUUGCUACAAGUUACCAGGUCAUACGGAACGUUCAAUAGGUUAUCAUUCAAAUUCAGGAGAGGUUUUUCAAAAUUCAAUAUAUAAUGGAUGGGAGUAUGGACCAUCAUGGAACAAAGUUAAUUACACCGUGGGAUGUGGAUAUAAACCUCUUUCGGGUGAAAUUUAUUUUACACUUAAUGGAACAGAUUUAGGCUCAUUAUUCACUGCAGAAGUUGAACAAGACAUCUUAUCUGAAAAAAGAUAUUAUUUAUUUCCUUCUAUUGGCGCUAAUGGAAAAUGUAAAGUUAGGGUUAAUUUUGGAGAAGAAGAAUUUGUUUAUAAGGAUAUUUAUGAGAAAGAUAUUGAGGAAGGAUCAUAUAAAAAAUCUUAUGAUAUUGAAAGUACGAGUAGUUGUUAUAGCGAUGAUGAAAAUACAAUUCGCAUUAAAAUGCCGGAAAGUGAUCCAUUGGGAAUGUGGAAAGAUGUCAAGUUAGAAACCGAUGAAAAGGUUUGGAGAGAUACCAUCGUAUAA